ACCAGAAACAAGAGAGGCACAGGUGCGAAACCGGAAAGCUUACAGAGGACACGAAAACAAAAGCGGGCAAAGACCAUUGUACCCCAUUGAUCGGGAACAGAAACCCACACAACAUCCGAGAGAGAGAGAGAGAGGAAAAGAAGAAAAUGGGUGGCUGGAAAUUGCCCGUGUCGAUGACCAUGAUGUUGGUAUUCAUGGUGGGUAUGACAACCUUGGCAGAGGCACAGAACAGUGGUAACACAUCUUGCGCUCAGAACCUGAUCCCAUGCGCUAGCUCCAUCAAUUCCACCAGUCCCCCAGCCGCCAACUGCUGCAGCUCCAUCAAAGACGCCGUGACCAACCAGCUUACCUGCCUCUGCAACCUGUACAACGCCCCCGGCGUGCUUCAGUCUUUUGGCAUCACCGUUGCGGAGGCUCUACGUAUCUCCCGUGCCUGUAAUGUCAAUACCGAUCUCACUAAAUGCAAUGCCACAGCUCCGUCGCCUACAUCUGUGCAGCCUACCCCAGGAGUACCUGGAAAAGAUGCAGCAGGCAGGAUAGGGUGGACUGGCUUUUCUGCUAUAUUCUUCUUCCUGGCUUCAAUGAUGUUUUAUUAGGCUGCCUACAUAUAGGAACAGAGACAGUUAUCGGACUGAAAAUAAUGCUGCGAUCAUUUCGGUAUCGAGCAGCAGCCUUCCGACAUCUUGGUUACAAUUCUUUUACGUGUUUAACUUGUACUGUUAUUUAAUUGAUUAUUCCAGUGUUAUUACCCUUAAUAAUUUACUUGUUCAUGUUUAUGUCAAACUUUAGUUACUGUAACUACUGCGUUAUUUUUAAAGACAUCGACGUUUGGACGCAUAAUUGAUUGCAUUUUGUUUGGCAUACCA